AUGGCACUAAUGAAGCAGGGUCUCUCUGCUGCUCUUUUCUCAUCACCGUUUCUGAUCAUCUGUCUUAUUGCAUUGCUCUCUGAUCCGGUUUCAGUCGGAGCUCGCCGGUUCUUGGAGGAGAUUCCUAAACCGGAGAUACCGAAAUUGCCGGAGCUACCUCACCCGGAGCUACCGAAAUUUGAGGUCCCCAAGUUGCCGGAACUACCUCACCCGGAGCUACCGAAAUUCGAAGUUCCCAAGUUGCCGGAACUACCUCACCCGGAGCUACCUAAACUCGAAGUUCCCAAGUUGCCGGAACUACCUCACCCGGAGUUGCCUAAGAUUCCGGAGAUUCCGAAGCCCGAGGAAGCCAAAGUGCCGGAGAUUCCGAAGCCUGAACUGCCCAAGUUUCCAGAGAUUCCAAAGCCUGAGUUGCCUAAGUUCCCGGAGAUUCCGAAACCCGAAUCGCCGAAGUUUCCAGAGAUUCCGAAACAUGAGGGGACUAAGUUAAUGGAGACUCCGACGCUUGAUGCUCCUAAGUUGCCCGAAAUUCCAAAGCCUGAGGCUCCUAAGGUGCCGGAGCUGCCAAAGAUGCCGGAGAUUCAGAAGCCGGAGCUACCAAAGAUACCGGAGGUUCCUAAGCCGGAGUUGCCAAAGAUGCCGGAGAUUCAGAAGCCAGAGCUACCAAAAAUGCCGGAGGUUCCUAAACCUGAGUUGCCAAAGAUACCGGAGAUUCAGAAGCCGGAGCUGCCAAAGGUUCCGGAGGUUCCUAAGCCGGAGUUGCCAAAGAUUCCAGAGGUUGCAAAGCCUGAGGCUCCUAAGUUCCCGGAGAUUCCAAAGCCGGAGUUGCCUAAGAUUCCGGAGGUUCCUAAGCCUGAGUUGCCCAAGAUUCCAGAGGUUGCAAAACCUGAGGCUCCUAAGGUGCCGGAGAUUCCAAAGCCAGAGUUGCCUAAGGUGCCGGAGAUUCCAAAGCCGGAGUUGCCUAAAAUGCCGGAGCUUCCAAAACCUGAGUUACCUAAGAUUCCCGAGGUUGCGAAACCAGAGCUACCGAAGUUGCCUGAACUUCCCAAGAUGCCGGAACUCCCAAAGGUUCCUGGAACUGCCUAA